AUGCCGAAGAACGCGCAUAACUUAUCGAGGUCUUUGACUUCGAGAUGGAACAGCGCAGCAACAAAGCUAUACACUGACGCUCACGAUGAAGCAACCGGUGAGGUACAGAACCUGCUUUUGGAGCCCCGACUGCCUUUGCUUGUCAGACUACAUGCUACUGUGAAGCUGGCCAGCGCCUUCGAAUCGUGGUAUAUCCCCGAAAGCUACCGCAAAGAAGCAGAGGAUGUGUGGAAGCAUAUCCAAGAAUUCCCCCAAGGCUCACAGUCAGGAGAUGAGAAGCGCCUCGGCGAGCUUAGGCAAGAGCUAGAUGAGCUUGCGAAGUACCAGGAAGAGAAUCCCCCUCCACCUGGCGAAAACAUUUCACCGGCCCGUCAGGUCCUGCAGGAAAACCAGACUGUAGUUGACCAUGACUUAACAGGAGAUCACCAAGGUCCAACCAAUGCCUCAACAUCAAAACCAGAGGAAAGUCGUCAAGACGGACAACUUGGAAGUGUGUCAACCACGCAUGCCAAUACAGAUGAUGCGGGUGGAACUUGGGCACAGUCCCACACGCAAGACUCUGAGAGCGGCGGCGAGAGGCGCCAGUCUGCUUUUACCGAGCAUGUUACACCGACAGCACCUCUCCAACUACCAACCGGCAGCGUGCCCGACACGCAGAAGACUCCUGUUUCUGGUCCAACUGACCGAUCCACACUGCACGUCGAUCAGUCUUCGCCCCUUUCUGGUAGAAGCGAGAAAUGCCUAUCUCCAGACCCCGAAUGGAGAGAUCAUCUAGCUUGA